CAUGCGAAGCUUGGAGACCAUGGACAGUACCCGAAUUCUAGGGAGGGGAGAUGAAAAUAAUGAAAAUACCAGAAUCUUGUCGCACUCGUCUAUCACUGCAUGUUUGCGGUGCCGGGAACAGAAGGUGACUACAUGUCCCUCCGAUGCCAGAACCACUUCGCUUAACGUCGAAUGACUCCCAGCUAAAGUGUGGUCGCGAACGUCCCACGUGCAGUCGAUGUGAGCGACUCAGUGCAACAUGUAACUAUCCGCGGCCUCCAAAUCGCCGGGGUCCACGGGGCCGGCGCCUGGGGACUCAACGCCGGCGCAACGAAGCAGUUUCGCAACAAACUUCUGCCGCUGAGACUCAGAAAAGCAGUCCGAUCCCUGGACAUGAUGCUUCGAAUUCCCUUGGUCCUAAUAAUCGUCGUGAAGACGAUCCACUUCUUCCUAGUUCCGCUGGAUUGGAUGACACAUCGGCGGCUCUAGGUAUAGGAACACGUACUCCGUCUAAUACAUACCCAAGUCAGCUACGUACGAUGACGCCUGUCGCAUUUGAGCCAGGAAGUUCCUCAGAUCAGACACAAUUACCACCACCCGCCCUGUGUCUUUCUCUGCUGGAGAUAUACUUUACGCGCGUAUAUAACGCACCUCUUUUAUUUCAUAAACCCACUCUUUUUCAGAAUUAUCUGGAAGGAAGACUACAUCGCUCUCUUCUUAAAGCUUUACUCGCGCUAGCAACUCUGUAUGUCACUUUAAGACUCCAAUGCUUCUCCACGUUCAACUCAGCUAAGACGAUGCCCAAGAUUUCUUCAGCCGAGGAAUCAUUCGAAUGACAUUUUACCUGCAAUAGAAGGGCAAGCAGAAGAAUUAAAAAUUUUGAGCUCAUAUCAUUCUUGCGGUCGCCCAUGGGCGAAAGCUGCUUUAAGAGAACUUCUGAUCUCAGCCUUAGAGUGUCCAUCUCUGAUGAUUGUCCAAGCGUUGGAAUGUCUGCAGCUGUAUUGGUUUGGCAUUGGUGACUUUCAUUCUGGCAGUUUAUGUCUUGCCCUCGCCUAUCGUUCAUGUCAUCUGCUUGGAUAUAGCAGGAAGUCUACGGACAACAGCGAC